AUGGCGACUCCACGACCCAGAGGGGGCAGCGACGAGCUGCUCUCCUCCCCAGACCCGCUCAACGACACGGUCUCGUCGGCGCUCUAUCCUUCAUCCCGUCGCGUCACUCGAAGCCAAAGAUCGCAGCGGUUGUUCUCCCUCGGCGGCAGUAGCACUUCGCCUAGGAAGCAAAUGUUCGAGCUCGAGGUUGGCGAUGACCGCGCGCCCAAACGGUUGCUAGUGACCGUUGAGGCGGAGGGCGAGUACGAAAACGUUGGGCGCAGACUCUUCAACGCCGACACACCUACUCUGAGCCGCGGCGCGUAUACAACGACUGUUCCGCUGGCUGGCGACAGGAAGAACACAGCCGUCAAGACUCCUGCGCGCCGGGGUCGGCCUCCAAAAUCCGCCACACCAAAGACCGGCACAGCAACCAAGAGGAGAGCUACGUCUUCUCCCAAGAAGACACCAAGACAGACUCGAAAGGUCAAGACUAUUACAGAUUCUGAUGGCAUCGAGACCGAUGUAACCAUUCAGGGAACACCCAAAUCCACCACACGCACCAGACGGACUACCAGUCGCCAGCCGCGAAGCACGUCCGAAGACGCUGCCCCUUCGUCCAGGCUCAGUACAACCCGGGGUCGUGGACGACCCAAACGCGUUGAGUUCUCCGAUCAGCCGGUGGAAACGAUUGAGGAAGAGGCAAACUUUGGCGGGGUGGCGCCUUCAGACGAUGCACUCGCUGCGGUAAUGGAGGAUAUGGCUGUGGACGAUCCCACACCAAGGCGGGAACAGCCUGCUGCCUCGAUGCCUGAGUCUGAACCCGAUAUCUGGAUGCAAACAAUGUCCGACCAAGCAACACCUCGAGCAGCGACACAAGACAACAUCAUUACCCUCAGUCCGACACCAGCUCACCUACAAGACAAGAGCCCAACACCAUCCGAACAACUUCAUUCCGAAUCGGGAAACGAACCCGAAUACAAUGACUAUGACUUUGCGCCGGGCGCGGCGAGCGACAUCUCGUCGCUAAUUGGUGAUAACGACGCGGGUGCGGAGCCACGCGAUCAAGACACGGUUGCUCAGGGAGAAGAUUUCAGUAUGAUAUUUGCAAAUUCUAUACCGUCUAUGAGAGGGCAUAUGAGUAUGCAUGCGCCUGGGUCGGAAGAUGUUGGCGAGGAAACGGGUCUGAUUGUCAACCAGACGCUGGAAUCUUUGAGGCAAAGCGGUGCCCUGCGUGUGGACGAUGACGACGAAGAAGAUGAUGAAGAAGAAGUCGUCGCCGUCCCUACCGAGCAGGACGCUGCGCCACAAGACUCUCCGGCCCAGAAGGAGGCCCAGCCCCGGCAGGAGGUCGAAUCACAUAUGGAGUCUAUCGUGGACCUCAACACCGAAGUUAACGAUUCUCCAGUCGCUCUUCCUUCUCUCCCUCGUCCUGAACUUCCACCUCCGUCUUUCACAUCCAAAAAUACUUCCCCAAGCAGAAGCAACCAGUCGCCGGGUCGGGCCAGAAGCAGUCCCCGUCGCAAGUCUAUCCCGCUGGGCCGAAAGCUCUUUGAAAAUAAGGCAAGACAGAUGGAGUUGGAGACCUCAAGGAUGGAGACCUCGAGAAUGGAAACCUCGCAAAUUGACGAUUCAUUCUCGAGCGUACCAUCCAGAAUCUUGGCUGCGGCUACGCCUGGUGCCAAGGGCUCCAGGCGCAGCUCGAUGGCUAACGAGGAAGCAUCCGUGAUGUACGAAGAUGACUUUUCUGAGAUUCCAGAUGCCUAUCUCGAGGCAGCGACCCCAGGCAAACCGAAACUGCUACAGGUUGACGAGGAUGAUGAUGAGAUCGCGAACGCAACCGAAGACAAGAUCCAGGACGAGAUGGAGGAAGACUUCGAGAACGACAUCGAGGAACCUCACGCCGACCAGGCAGGAGUGGAAGACGAGGAAGACGCGGCAGAGGAAGAAGCUCGUAAGAGUUCACCCAAGUCCGCAGCUCCAUCUAAUGCCAGUGUUUCUUACACUCGGUCAGACUCAGCACGAAUGCCGACGCCAGACGAUACGCCAUCGCCUAAUGAUGUUCCCAUCCCCCAAUCAGAUGCCAAAACUAUCGAGGCACCUCAAAGUUCACCGACUGCAGUGUAUUCUCAGGUCCCCGAGAUGAGCUCUGAUCCUCCUGUUCCGGAGCUGACGACCAACCUUCCUGCGGCUACUAGCGAAUACAUCACCCCGGUCGCACCCGUAUCAUCCCCUGUUCCCUCACCAGCUGUCAACCUCUUAGCGCCUCGUGCAGCAUCCCCUGACAACGGAGUUCGUCCCGCGCUAUCCCCUAUCGUGAGGGCCGGAAGAGCUCUGCAAAGCGUCACGUCGGAUGCCUCAUCACCUCCUCGUCAGAACUCUCUUGGUAGCCCCUUCAGACCUACCACUAGCAGUAGCCAGCCUCAGUCUGCCGCGAAGUCAACCCGCAGUUGGACUCAGCCCUUGUCCACCCUGAUCCAGGCUGGAGCUCAGUUCUUCGGGUCACCAACUCGCGCCACGGCUCAACCUCCGCCGCAGCCUCCAGCGCCGCAGUCUGCAGGUCAGCUUUAUGAUGACCCCUUUGGCCACGAGAAUGACCAUACCGGUCAGCCGAGCUUCAUGGAAGCUCUAGCCAAGAGCAUGCGUGUAUCUCCCAACGAGGGGCAAGGUGAAGCUUCGGUGUCAAUGUCAGGCUCUCUCCGUGUAGCUCCGGCCGACGAAGCUGAUGAGAUGAGCUGGAUGGAAGAGGCGCCGGCUCCGCGUGAGCAGCCUUUCACUCAGUCCCAAUCCAUGCAAACCAGCACGACUGCUGCUGGUGCGUCUAAGACCAGUCGGCGUCCCAGCUUUGAGGGUCUCAGUCUUACUUUUGAUGGCGCCGAUGAAACAGAGGUCGAAGAAGAACCCCCCGGAGAAGAUGAGGAUGAUGAUAUUUGGGCAAUCGAGGCAUCGCGUCCUGCUUCAAACUCAAGCCGCCAACAGUCAUUCGGCAAGCAAUCCAUCGCCCCUGUCCCCGUGCGGCGCGCGGCUCUCCCUAAUCCGUGGCAAAGACGGGCUGAGUCGCCAAAGAAGAACACUAUGUUCACUCCAGCAGCGUCGCAGAACCGCAAGUCCGGCUUUGGCGAGGCCGAGGAGGAGGACUUUUCCAUGCUCUCUCAGCAGCGUAGUGAGAAGCAGCUUCCCCAAAAGGCCUUUGAAGUUGCUCAGAGGUCGUCCGCGAAGAAGGAUCUAUCUGCAUUCUUCUCCUCUCCUGCUCUUCUCCCUGGGGCGGAGGGUGUCAAAGAGAUCUUGGACAAGAAAAGACAGAAUGCGUUGUCAUCCAAGGAUGUUGUGCAGCCUUCUAAGCAAGUCAACGCAGGCCUCGAGACGAACUCCAUGUUCCCGUCCGUCCCACAGAAGGCAUUCGCUCCUUCUGCCAGCGGUCGUUCGGAUCUCUUCUCGCCUGCGAAGCCUUCCGCCACGAAGCCAAUCGCCGAUGCACGUCGGGAACUGUUCUCUUCGACCCGGUCUCGUAGCAACGUAAGACAGCCGUCAGAGAUCCCCGACUCUCAGCCAAACAUGUCAUCCGAGGUCUCUUUCACUUCUGUGCCGCAGAAGAAGAACUUCACGCCCAAGGCAGGACAGAAGACGCAGAACCUGUUUAGCAAGGCGGCGGCGCCGGUGCCCUCGUUGACCCCGGUGCGUAUGCAGCUCAGUCGCGCGGACAUCCAAAAGUGGCAAGAGAGUAGUGCCUCUGCCGUCGCGGAGGACUCGCCCGAAUCCGAGCGCCGUGUCCUUCGGCCCCUGCCAGACAGGAACAUGUCGCCCACCAAGUCCUGCCUGCGCUCCCCUCUGAAGCCGCGCACCCCGGGUAGAGUCGUCGAGUUCACCAGCAGCGUCCUCUCGCCUCUGGCUCAGGCACAAGCCCGCGCCGAUCGUCGCCUGUCCGCUAGUUCCAACGGCAGUGCGUCCGCCGCCCAGCAGCAGCAGCAGCAGCGCAUUAACGCCAUCAUGGAAGAAGAAGACAAGGAGAAUGACACUUCCAUGGACGAGGCCGACGACGUGCAACACGAAGACAUGGACGUCUCCAUGAUGGACGCGCCGGAGGUGGACGGCCCGCUCAAGCCAGCGGCCGAGGAGGAGCCGCGCCUUUCGCAGACUAUGUGGUCGCGCGACCACUGGCUGCUACUGGACGACAUCAUCCAGCUGCGCCGGCUGGGGCCGUUCGACUUCCAGUUCCCGGACGACUUCCAGAGCAAGUCGGGCUGGCUGCUCGGCCGCUCUGUCAACUCGCACGGUACCAGCCUGAUUAUGGAGCAGUGGCACCUCGACGUCGUUGACGCCUUCAAGGCCGAGGUCGGCGGCUGGGAGGAGGAGGUGCUCGCCAAGAGGGUGUUCUCGUUGAUCGUUGGAGAGCAGCUCCGUAAGGAGGGUAAGGCCCCCAAGGCGCCCUCGGUGAAGUUUGCGUAA